AUGGCUUCCGGGACACGUUCUGAGGUCCCCUUGAAAUCUAGGUUCUGUGUUGGAGCUGAAAGCUAUACUGAUCACUCAUGUCGUUUGGCGCUCUUUGCCAUUGUGCUAGUGACUUUGCUUGAAGCUACUAAGGUCAUCGUGGGGUUCCAUGCCCUCUGGUACAUCUCUCAUCCAUUUAGUGUGCAAACUGGGGCAGGCCUUCAGAUUGCUGUGGACAAGCUCCAAUCAGAGCCAGUGGGCCUUGGGAACUUGAGCUGGGAGUUCACUUACGCCAACUCAGCACACAGUGCUGAGGAGUCUGUUGCCAUUUUCAUUGACCAGGUUCAUGGAGCACACAUUUCUGCUCUGUUUGGACUGGCAUGCCCAGAGCAGCAGAGGCAGCUGCAGAAGAGACCCACAGAAUCUCUGAACCUGCGUUCUCUGCAGACAUUGUGCAUGAAGUGUGGCCUGGCGGAAGCUCUGCUAUGGGGAGGCUCUCCGCCAUUCCCUUUCAAGAUUAUGGGUCUGCUGGCUUCUGAGUGGAACAUCCACAUGUUCGACGUUGUUGGGCAAAGGGUAGCGCCGGGGGACCACUUCUGGUGUGACACCUGCGUGACCCUUGUACCACCCAAGCAGGAAAUUUGUGCUGUGCUUCCGGAACGCCUUCGGCACCUGGGCUGGGAAGACAUUGGGCUGUUUGGAGGCUCCUCAGGGGCUUCCCCCAGCGAUGGAGUGGAUGAGUUGUGGGCUGUUGAGGAUGAGUGCCAGCUGUAUUUUGCCAUCACUGCCAGCAGGAAGUACAGCAGCAGCAGCCCAGACCUUCUGCAAGAAGACCUCGGAAGAGUGGCAUCUGUAGCCAGAAUAUUGGGUGGUCAAACUGCCUCAGAUUUCUUUGGGUGGCAGCUGGAAAUCUACCUCUCUACUUCCCAGGAUAUCCUCCUGCCCUUUCUUCACGUUCCCCUCAUCUCUACUUGCAGGCAGAUGGAUAGUGUUUGGAAAGAAGUGCUGAGAAAUGACAAGGGGACAGGCUUCCCCAAAGUCUAUGAGUCGGUGUUUCUCAUUGCCCCUUGCUCCUAUGGAGAUGGCGGCUCCCGCAAACAAGCCUGCAAGAGGCAAAGGGGGCUGCCCGUCCAAAGCUCCAUUGCCUCCGAGGAGCAGGUCUGGCCUUGGAGGAAUGCCUCCAAUAUCUCUUGGCUCCAUGGCUUCCUUCCUGAAGACAGACCCAUUGGAUUUCAUGCAGAGCUUUGCAAAACUGAACCUCCUACUGUAACAGGUAUGGCUGCACCUGCUGUGGUUCUCACGGGGACAAUCCUGGUUCUUGCUACAGUGGCUGCCAUUGCUGGUCUGGUGUUAUGGAUGCUGAGAGAAAAAGUGCAGUCGUCUGGAAACACCUUACGGCAGAUCCGUUAUGACAACAUCACUGUUUUGCCUCAGCACAAGCCAUGCCAACGAGGCACAGCUGUGUCACGGAACAGCGUUAGCAGCACAUGUGCCGUGAAGAUUUCUGCAGAUCGUAGGUUCUUCAUCAGGUGCCCACAGGGUGGAGAGAUGUAUGCCCCUAUGGGACUUUACCAGGGAAAUCAUAUGACCCUCUGCUAUAUUGAUGACGCAGCAGAAACGUGUCUUAAGAAGCCAACUGUGCUGCAGGAAGUCUGGCCCCUCUGCCCCACAGCCUUCGGUUCCCACUGUGAGAAGUGGCCUUCUUCCCAAAGGUUCAAAGGUGGAAAGAUGUGUGAAUUAAAGUAUGAAAGCAUCGUUCCCUUCUUUGCUGUGUGCACAGAAGCACCUAACACCUGCAUUGUCACACAGUGUUGCAAUAGAGGAAGUCUGAAGGUAAGCAAAAGUAUUAACUCUUCUGUCGGCUUCCUGCUAAGUACCAGUGAACACAAACAGGAGAGCCCUGGGGACCUUCCAGAAAUUUCCAGUCGAGCGAGUGCUACAAGUCACGGUCAGUCUAGUUGUCUAUCAAAAAAUCAGUCCCAUAGUGUGAGUUUCCACAGAAGCCUGUGGCUAGCAGCCAUGUCCUUCUGCCUGGUAGAUGGUCAGAUGCAAGUGAAGCUGUCGGGAUUUGGGUUGUGGGAGUCCAAGCAUGGCUGCACACACAGGAUCUAUAACCAGAAGACCAUUGAUCAUUCAGAACUCUCUUGGACAGCCCCAGAGCUGUUGAGGCUUCAGGAGCUGCCCUGGUCCGGCACCCCUCAUGGCGAUGUUUACAGCUUUGCCAUUAUCAUGAAGGACUUGAUCUGCCAGCAGGCCCAUGGGCCCUUUGAGGACCUUGAGGAGGCUCCUGAGGGUAAAGCUGUGGUCCACGUGAGCCUCUUGGACACCAUGAUGGGCAAGCUGGAAAUGUAGGCCCAUCACCUGGAGGAGGUGGCGGAAGUGUGGACCUUCCAGCUGGUGGCAGAGAAGAGGAUGGAGACACUCUUGUCCACCAUGUUGCCGUGCUUUGUUGGGGAGCAGCUCAUAGCCGGGAAGUCUGCAGAACCAGAACAUUUUGCAUCUGUUACCAUUUUUUUCUCGUCAAUCAGUGUUUAUUUAAAACAUGAUUGACAGAAUCCAGACAAUUCUCCUGCACCAAUUGUGGGAUUUGCAAAGCUGUACUCUCUCAGCUUCCCCUUGCAGGUGGUCAGUCUCAAUGACUGGUACAGUUUGUUCGAUCACACAGUAGAAACCCACGAUGUGCACAAGGUUGAAACCAGCGGAGAGGCAUACAUAGUGGCCAGUGGGCUUCCCAUCCGCAAUGGAGCUCAGCGUGCAGAUGAGAUCUCCACCAUGCCCUUGUAUUUGCUCAGUGCCACCACCCGCUUUCAGAUUGGGCACGUGCCUCAGGAAAGACUCCAGCUUGCGGCAGACAGCAGGCGGUUAGACCUCUCUACUGUUUCCGCCUUAGGUCCUGCGGUGGCCGGUGUGGUGGGAAUCACCAUGCCCAGAUACUGUCUGUUUGGGGACACUGUGAACAUGGCAUCCAGAAUGGAAAGCAGCAGUUUACGUGGGCAUCACUUGCAGCGCGGGGUCCCUGUCCCUUUUAUCUUUAACCAGUGGGGCAAGGGAGAGCAGAUGACCUUCUGGUUGAAAGGCAAAGGCGACUUUACUGUCCCGCUCCCUGAGUUAACCGAGGAGGAAGACGGUCUGGAGAUCUUGUGA